CUCUCGCAUAUUGCUAUCUCUUUCUCUCUCUCUCUCUCAAUUCAACAACUAUUUUCACCCCCUAAGCUACAACAUGUCGUUUCCCCCCGUGGGCUCCCAAUCGUGGUACCUAUAUCCGUGCGGAUGGGACGCGAGCAAAGGUGAAUUGCUACUUCAAUGUCUCGUAGAUAAAAUCGAAGAAUGAAAGCCCUCCCCGCCACAUUUAUCACCAAAUGCUCUAAUCCACGCGAUGUUAACGCUAAAUUCCCAACUCCGAGCGGAUGUUUCACUUAAAGAGACACAAUACGAUCAACGAAUCAAUGUGGUUCACGCCGUUGACGAAGUUUGGGAACGACUAUUUAAGGAGAAUGCAUUCUUUCGCGCAUACUAUCAUGAGGGCGAGCCGGCGUUCAUGCAAAUGUGCAACUUGUUUGGCAUUCAUGAUGUGAAGACAGAGCUUUCCCAUACCAUUAUCCUAAUCGAAGAUUCAACAACCGUUAAGAAACAACCCGACUCGAGUGACGACGAGGUAACAUCGCCUAUACCGAAGCCCGUUGCGGCUAAGAAGCUUUCUGUAGACGAUGCAUGUUCAAGUGUUGCGCCGUCCGGACCAAACCCGUUCAAGGGCUCGAAGGCUAACCCUUGGAAAUCAAUUAAAAAUAAAUUUCAUAGGCCAAGUCCUCCUCGUGUGAGGAUCAAAGAUGAUCGAGAUCCAUCCACGGGAUACGGCGAAAGUUCAUGCGCCUCAUCCUUGCCAUUCAAAUAGAGUUGUUGCUUCGCUUUUGAAUUUUCAUGUUUGAUCUGCACUAUUUCGAAUUAUUUAGCAUUUCCUGGUACUUGUUAUUUUACCAUCACCUAUCUUGUUAUUUUAUUGCCAUGACUUAUUUCGAAUCAUUUGCUUGUUGUUAUUCGAAUUUUUUUUUAAUGAGAUGCUAUUUACUUCC